GGUUUAACAAAGUGCAUCACUCAAAGUUUGGUGAAGAUCUCCAAUUUUUGGAGACAAGAAAUAAGGACAUACCCUGAUACUUGGAUCAACCGGCUGGAGGAAAUUGUUGAUGUUAACCAAACCAUAAUCAGCCUGGCCCUGGAUGUGUUAGCAGGGGGCAAAGCUAUUGGUGAGUUGAUAUUGAUAUUAAUCAAUAAUAAUUUACACCAUCCUUUGUACAAAGUGCAGUAAAUAAUAUGUAGGAGAGACAGGUCAUCACCUUCGAGACCGGGCUAGUGAAUACCUGUAUAACACAAUUAAUCUAAGUACUAAGUAUAGUAAGGACACUGCCCCAUGUUUUUUUUGUUGUUUUUUUUUAAAGAUUUCAUUUUCAGCAUUGGCUGAUUUUAAAUGUUAAUGUCACUUGAUUGCAGUUUAUUUUAAAUGGAAUUGUAAGGCAAACAGUGCUACCAUUUCAACAAUCAGCUCUUCAAUGUAUAAAAAAAAAUUCAAAUUAAAUUCUACAGCAUGUUGUAGGAGUUUAAAAAGGAAUUGUUUAAUAUUUUAUUUAUAUGUUUCGAUUCAGGUUAGCUUUCUAAAGUUAAGUUUUUGUGUUUUUUUUAAUAAAGAUGAUUGUCUGUCUUUUGCUGAUGUGGGUGUUGCUUUGACAAAGUUGAUUUCUGACAGCAUUGAACAGGAAGAGGAGAUGACAUCUCUCACCCCUGACUUUCAGUUUCUUUUGUCUUGGUGUUGGAUAAACCUAAAGGUUGGUGACAGACCUAAAAUUUAGUUUAGUUCUUGAAGUUUUAACAAUUUGGGUUGCAUCUUUAAAAAUUGGGGAAAUAUCUGUAUCUGAUUCUAUUUCAGGAGAGCUGUUCAUGUUUAGGAGAAGUUACUGGCAUAGUAGUGUCAAACAGUGAACAACAGAAAUUUCCAUUACAACUGCUGUGCAAUAUUGGUCAGACUUUAGUCAAAGUUUUAACAACCUGUCGACACAGGGUUAGUAAUUAAAUUUCUCUAUGAGACUCUUCUUUGAUGGAUUUCCGGAUGUUUGAUAAUUUAAAAAAAAUUAUCUUAAAAGUUGAAUAAUUUUUGUUUAAGCAUCAUGAGGUUUUAUUUAAAAAAUUGCUUUCCCAUUGUGUUAAAAAAAAAGUUAAAUUUAUGGAAAUGAAACUCUUCAUUUGAAAACAAUAUUUUAACUUAUUUUUACCAUAUACAGGGUGCCAUUGAGGGAUGUAGAAGUGGAUUCUAUCUGUUCUGUUCUUCACUUCUCUCUAACAAUGAGAAGAGGCUCAAUGAUAUUCCCAGAGCUAUUUUAAGAAAGGUAAGCACUACCUAACAAUUACAUAUUUCAUUGUUAUGCAAAACUCAUCAAUCAAAAUGUUAUUUAAACAUAUUAUGUCGAGAAAUCUCCAACCAGACCAAUGAGAAUAUUUACUUUUGAAAUCAACUGACUAAUUUGAUUUUUAUAUAUUUUUUAAAAAUUUACUUUUUUAUUUAUCCAAAACUACAACUUGAAAGUUCAUAGGAGAUUGAAUUCUUUAUCUUCUCUUUUCAGAUUUUGGCAAGUUUGCUGGAGAACUCAAUGUCAUCCUCUGUGACAAGGCGGUCAGCAGGUCUGCCAAUCAUCAUCCAGACAGUUGUGCAAGCAGCUCGUAAAUGUGGAGAUGUGAGUUUAUUGUGUUGUAAACAUUUUCAUUGCUUGGACUUCUUUAUGUCAUAUCACACUAAAGGCAGUCGAGCAAACUAUUCUUGUGGGGGUUAAAUACUGAGUAAAAAACAAUAACCACCUUGUAGUGGUAUAGAAGUGAGAUGUCCAAGGUUACCCUGACAUACCAAAAAAUGAAAAAGAUAUGUGCUAAUUGAAGGCAAAAUUUUGUUUAUAUAGUUUUAUUUGAUCCUUUUUUUUUUUUUUAAUUAUUUUAUUUAACUGACAAGGUUGUAUCUUUUUAUGGUUGAUAUUAAAAGCAAUGUCGUAUUCCUAGCAUAUUGUUGAAAUGCCUAAGUUAUUUUUGUUAAUCUCCCAGACAGGUCUUCUGUUGUCCACAGUAGACUAUCUGUACACCAUUGCCAGCAAACAAUUUCCCAACGAUUGGAGCCAGCAACAUGACUUGAGCCAAAGUCAUGCUUUAAAUAUUCUCAAGGUAACAGUUCAAUUUAUUGACCCAAAUUUACUCCUUAAAUGCCAUUAUGGUUUCUCAUUUCCAGGGGUUAAUGCUAACCCGGGGAAAAUGGGAAUGAAGUUUUCCUCAUCCCAGGAUUUAAUUAAAGAUAUGUUAUAAACUGAAUUAAACUAUAAAAAAAUGAAUUUUAUGGUUGUUUAAUUGCUAUUGUCUGUUAAUGAAUUAAAAACAACGUUAAGGGUAGUUGAGAGGUUGUUCACUUGCUUCUAGUUGCUUCAUUUUCCACAGUUUAUCCCUAGUAAUGGAUAACUAGCUAAUAAUAUGCUUGUUUAGCAGAAGUUGGAUAGAAAGAAACCUCAACACUUUAUGAGGUUUGGUUUUAUUUACAUGUCCCUAAUUCUAGUUUUGAAUCUGUCAUUAAAUAUUUUCAAGUACAUUUGGCUAACAACUAGUAACAAGGCGUUUGUUUCGAAUAAAAAACAAUUAGGAAUGUUUAUAAGUAUAUCUAUUUAUUUAUAUGUCUUACUACGUUGACUUUGAAAAUAAAUUUUUAAAAACACUAUGUAAUAUAAAUUUAGUUUGACACAUGAACAUCUUGGGAUAAUCAAGUUACUAAAGCACAGGUUUCCAGCUCAUGUCAGGUGUCCUCAAAUGUGGGUGCAAAAGGGUUAUUCAUAAAUGAAAAGUCUAAUCAAGGGUUUUGGGAGGAAAAAUGGUUGGGAACCGUUGGACUUAGAGAAGUAUUGAUUUUUAAUUAUCUUUUAAUUGGUUACUUAAAUUUUGAGUUACAUGUUUAAAAAUGACAUAAAAUAUGUUGUGAAUUACAUUAUAAUGGAAAAUUAAGUUUUAAAAUAUUUUCUUUUCCUAGAAUUUACCCUUUAUAAAAAUCCGUCUUUUCCAAUAUAUCGGGGUAAGGUAACUUUGCUUCUAUGAAUGUGGUCGUGACUUAAAAUGCUUGAGAAUCUGUGUAAUUCAGUGCAGUUAGUUAACUAGAUUAUUUGGCCUUAGUUCAUAACGAAAAUUUUUAACAAUCUGUCACUUGCUGAAAGGUAAAAAAAAAAAAACUUUUAUUAAGUGUGGACCAGGAUUUCUUGGGAUGGGAAAAUUUUCCGGGAGGUCUUGUAUUUACUAAAAUGAAUGGGGGAUCCCUGGAGAGAAACCCUAGAUGUCAUUCAUUUAUCAUUUGGAAUUAAUCAGCAUGACAGACAAAAAAAAUGUUUUUAACAGAUAAUAAGUGAACACUAAGCAAAACUAAAUGAUUACUAGAGGGGACUUUUAAACUAAUCAAAUGUUCAGAACUUAUUUAUUAUGAAAUAAACUGUUUUGAUAUUUUGAAAUGAUGCAAAGAACAAAAAAAAUCAACAUUCACUAAAUUUUAAUGUAAAAUUAUUUACAAUUCCUUUCCACUUGAGUUAUCCCACUUGUUAACUUCUUAAGUUUUGAGACACUGAACUGUUAGUGAAUUUACAUAUAAUUGUAAAAAAAAAAAGUAACUCAAAUUUUAAUUUAGCGAUCGAUUGUCAGAUGAUUCUAAUUGAUUCAGGUGAUUUUCUGUGAUGCCAGUUUGGCCCCAGCGUUAAUGCCCUUACUGUCAAAGAUGACGAUUCUUGUUGUGGAAGGAUUUGAGUCACCAUCUUGGGCCAUAAGAAAUGCAGCUACACAACUCAUUAGUAAGCACAUCAAAGUAAAAAAGUCCACAAUAGUUUCCAAACUUUACUUGAAAAUAUAUAACUAUAAAAACUUCACAUCUGAAUUUCUCGACUAUAAAAGCAAUAAAAAUGACCUGUCAAUAGUUACUUUUGUUCUGACCAGAGAUUUUCAGGGGUUAGCAUUUCAAGGAACUGACACAUAUUUUUCAUAAAUUAAUGUCACAAGGCUUAAUCUCUUAAUUUAAAAGUUACAAUACUUACAAUGUAGGGGUGUAUUGAUAAUAUUUUCUCUAAGAAACAACUUGUUCCAAUGCCUAUUUCUCGAUCUGUCAUUGCGUAAUCUUUACUUUUUAAAUUGUAACUUUGCAUGCUAUAUUUCCAAGAGUUUUUGUUCCAGGUACUCUAGUGACCAGAAUCUUUGGUCAGAGAAACCAGCUUGAGAGUGGUAGCUCUAUGACCUUAGAGGAAUUCAGCUCCUUGUAUCCAGAGCUGAUCCAAUUUGUGCUUGACAAGUUACAAUCGCACAGGAAAUCCAACAUAGCGGUCAGACCCUCUCUGUAUAUUAUAUUAACAUUGAUGUCAGGCAUCGGCAUGUCUCCGUCCUAUCAACACACCUCCAGGCAAGUUGGAUUGUUGCUUUUUUAACUUUAAAAAAAAAUUAUAUUCAUCCUGUACCAGUAUGUACAACUUGUUCACUGGCUGAUUUUAAAUAUCAGUGCUGGUUGAUUCCAGUGUAUUUAAAAUGUAAUUCUCAGUCCUGUAUUAAAUCAAACCAUCUUUUAACAGGAACAUUAAUUCAGAUCAGAAAACUAUUGCACACCUUGAGCAGUCUUCUAUAGUGAGCUGCGUAAAGAAAGCAAAAUAUCUCCUAGAAUAUAUUGACCAGCCUAAGCAUCAGCUAGCCUAGAGGAGAACUGGAAACUCCAAGACUUUGAUUUAAAAAUCAGAAGGGGCAGUAAGAGAUCCUUAACAAAGACAUUAAAGCUCACACUCUGGCAAAUAACACAAGCAGACGAAUGACUGCUUCCCCAAAUGCUAUAGUCUUUAAGUCCAGAAUCAGGCUUCAUAGCCACCUCCAGAGAUGGAAAGGAAUUCACAGCUAAUAUUGGUAGCCUAAAGUUAAAGCUAUCAAAUUUGGUAACAUUAUCUUGGGACAAAGAUAUCAUGAAAUUCAGUUCCAAUUUUCAUGUUUUUUAGUUAUUCAAUAGUUCAUUGCAUUUAUCACAUCAUUAAUAACUUUUGUUUCCUUGUCUAGUUUAAGGGAACCUUUGCAACAUGCUGUAGUUUCCUUCCUGUCCAACCCUGUAUAUUCACUGCGCAAGUUGUCAGCCAGAGCUCACACAUCAUUGAUUCCAUCAGACAGGGCAGAUGAAUCAUUCCAACAAAUUUUACGCAAAAUACAACUGCGGGGCUCAACCAAAAAUGAACUUCAUGGAUGGCUGAUCUGUGCUUUAAAUCUUUUAUCUUCUGGUUAUCUCAGGUAUUCAUUAUUAAACUUACUUACUAUUCAAAAAUAAUUGGUUUGUUAAAUCUUAAUGUAUGUUUUUUUAUUGUUUGCGUUUUUUAAAAUUAAAAAACCCAUUUACCAGAGCUUGCUUGAAUUAUACAAAAAUUGUUUGAGCAAAAAGGAAGUAACUUUUUUCCUGAGUCCCUCUGGGGCCGACUGGCUCAUCACACUUAAUAAAAUAUCUUUUCUAGCUCAGAAAUGAAUUUUAUUGUGGCGAAAUUUGUCAUGGACAACUGUUGGUUGCUAGAGAUCUGUCCCUGUCUUCUGGUGCCAUCUACUGUAAUAGAGAUGACAUUACUAGCAGUGAAACAGACACCAAUUGACCUGCGUCUGCUGGCAAAACUAUGGUCUGCUGUCAAGACUUUAUUUUCAGUUGUCAGCAGUUCAAUGGAAAAGUUUCAUGUACGUCUGCUUUAAAGUUACAAUUUUUAUUGACAUUCACUUUACAAGUAGUUCUUUAAAAAAAAAAGUCUUCUUAAUGCUCUAAAAUAUUAAAUUUGACAAUUUUGUACCAUACAGAGUUGAUAUUUUAUUAGUAUUGGAUUGAUUUCAUAAUUUGUAUAUGUCUUUGUUUAAAUGUGGUGUUUAUUCCUUGCUUAAAAACAUCAUUUCCAGGUAGGGAGUGACCAUUGUAUGGAUGUUUGUAUGAAAAUGAUGACUGCCAUCUACCAGAGCUCAGAAGAAGCAAGAACAGUAUACCACUCGCAGCUUUGUCAACUAUACAGUGAAUGUCUUGUCUCACCCCUCAAUGGUUUAAGAUCCACUGUGUUAGACUUGGUCAAGGAAGAAGGGGACAGUUUUAUAAAAGAUGAAGAAAUACAGGUCUGACAUAAGAAAUACAGGUCUGACAUAAGAAAUACAGGUCUGACAUAAGAAAUACAGGUCUGACAUAAGAAAUACAGGUCUGACAUAAGAAAUACAGGUCUGGCAUAAGAAAUACAGGUCUGACAUAAGAAAUACAGGUCUGGCAUAAGAAAUACAGGUCUGAAAUAGGAAAUAAUGGCCUGACUGAUUCUCAAAAAGAACUGUUUUAAAAUCUGAAAUUCUGUUCGAGCAAGUUUUUUCAGAGGAAAAAAUGAAUGAUCUUGGUCUAAAUAUUUUGACACAAGCAUGUUCUCUUUGUUUAAAUACACUAUUUACUAUAUAUAUCUAUGUGAACUUAACUAGAGUUAUAGAUUCAUUGGAACAUCAUGAAAAUAUUUAUUUAGUUUAUACUGAAUUACAAAAACAUAAAAUAUGAUUUUAAACUAUACAACAGGAUUUUAAUUUUUUUUCAUUUUUAGAGCUCUCUGACAAAGUAAAUUAAAUAGAAUGAACUCUCUAGGUAAAGGAAAUAUGUUUUUUUUAAUGUCAUGACUCUGAAGGUUAAUUUGUUGCACUUUUCCUUAGAAAAAUGUGUGGAUGAUAAUUUCCCAUGAUGACAACAGGACAAAUGUUACUAAAGCGGUAGAUGUGAUGUUAUCAGCAACUUUAAAUGGGGACCUGCAUAUUCAUGACAUCACUUUGACAGUAAAAAAACUGUCACAUUGCCAAGGGGACAUAAGUUCUAAUUUUGUUGUGGAAAGCAUAAAAUUCCAUUUUGCUGAUGAUAUGCAAUUCAUUGAGAGGUAUGAACAGACUUAAAAAUUUAGAUAAUUGUUAGCGGAAUAUAAUAUAAUUAAGGAAUAUCUUAUGAAAACUUUAGAUAUGUCAUUAAGUGUGAGUCACAUGACCUAUCUUGUCUACUUUAAACACAUGUAAAACAUAAACUAAUUAUUUGUCAAACUUAUUCAAAUUUAAACAUAUAACUGCUUUUAAAAUGAUACAAUGUGCAUUUCUGAAGCUCUGCCAUCUCAUUAUCAGGAAUGUUUUAAAAAAAAAAAAAUAUUUUUAAUUAAUAUGGUCAUCCUUAGCUGCAAAUUUCAAUAGUAAUUGUCAAUUCUUCAAAGUCUUUCAAUCAAGGUCAUAAAUAAAAAGUGUCAGAAAUUUAGCUUAAAAUGUCUCAAACUUGAUAUUAUAUUCACUGUGUGAACUAACCCAGAAAAACUGACAUUGUAUUUACUGUGUGAAUUACCCCCAGGGCCUGUGAUUUAGAAGAGUGGUGUGCACAUCUUGUCAUCUUCACUAGUCCAUCACACAAUGAAGACCUACGCCAUCUUGCUGCUCAAUGUAUCAGUGUUGCUGGAGGAAACAUUCUUCAAUUCUGUUGCAGACACAAAAAUUUACCUGGGGUUGAGCAAGCCGUGACAUGGUAAGAUUUUCUGUAAAGUCUUAAAUUUGAUUUGGAGUUUCUUGGAAAACAUAAGGAGAAUUAGCAAGUAACAAUUUUUUUUUAACAAUUUUUUUUUCAAAGUUUCCAUAGCAAUUUAAGGGGAGGUUCAGUGAGAAAUCUGCGAAAAAAUAAAUUUUUGAUUGUUUCUGGGUUUUGUUAUAUUUGUUUUCUAAAGCCAUCUUUUUAAAAAUAAUUUUUUACAAAAUUAUUAAAAAAAUGAUGCUAAAAAAUAUUGUAACCCUAUAAAUCAGUAUAAAGUCAUUUUUGAGUAAAUAUACAUUUUUGCAUAUAUUCUUUUAGUGUAUGUAGAAUUGCCCAAAUACCUCCUAUAUGGUAUCAAUAGAAAUCUGGAUUUUUGGGGAUUUAGAUUAACAUAGCUUCCUGCCACUGAAAGUUACCAAAUGCUUCAAUCCACAUUUAUUCAUAUUAAAAAAUGGUGAUUUCCUGACCUACUUAUGGGGUCUCUGAAUUUCUUAUGCAUCAACCUUGAACUGAAUAAAGCAAGCAUUUUGAUUGGUUACAGCUGUGGAAAGUUACCAACAGUCCUAUGUUGGUAAGCUUGGUUUCAAACUCCAGUAACACUGUCACUUCACAACUACAUGCAGACAGAGCAGUGAAAAUCGUUAUUAACUCGGUGGGAAAAGUGCUCAGAAUUUACAUUUUAAUUUUAUUUAAUUCAGUCAUGUUUAGCAACGCAAAAGUUUAUUUAAAUGGUUUUAGUUCCAGUCAAAAUAAAAAAUAAAAUUUGUACUGCUAAUAUUUAUUCAUUUUUUUGUUUUUUCAGUUUUCCGACAUUUGAUUUUUUUUUUAAUCACAAAAAUGCUUAUAAAUAUUUUAAUUCUGAACCAAUGUACACCAUAUUUUCUGCAUAUUUUUAUUCAACAUAAAUAAAGAUGGAAUAAAAAACUUUAUUAUAAGUCUUUUGUUAGAUCCAAUAUUAUAUUUUAUAUAAACAUCACACAAGAAGCCCAAUAAAAUUUUAUAUUUUUUCACCCGCGCGUCUCCUUAAGGACACAAAUCGGCAUGUGAAUUUACCAAGGAGUUUGUGAUAGUGGUUACAGGCUUGAUUUUUUAGCAUGUUAACAAGCUUUGAAGAGAUGUUGACAAGUUGUAACAAAGACUGAAAAGAGUUAGAGAAGAAAGCUAGAGGCCGGAAGGCUUGGAGAGAAAUUUUUGAUGGCCUAUGCACCAGUGGGAGUUGAAAAGCAAAGAAGAAGGACGUGAAUUGGAAGUCUGAAAUUGUUUUAAAACAAGGGAAAACUUCUAGGUGGAAAUAUUUUUGUUCUUCUCGUGUCCUGAAUUUUUUUCUCCUAUCUUCAUGUGGCUCUGUAAUUUUUUUAUUUUCUUCAUGUGAGUUCAUCUUUUUUAGUCUUGUUGACUUUUAGCCUUAUUAAAGCCAGUCUUCAGCUACUAGAGGACACAGAGACUGAGGUUAGGAGGACGGUGUCCAGGUUCGUGACUCAUCUUAGUUGUCAGGCAAGGCUUCAUUACACAACAAGCUACUAUGUAAGUCCAACAGUCAAUUAAAUUUUUUAUUAAAAUUUUCUGCAUGCUACAUAAAAAAAUUGUGUAAUGACUAAUAGAGACCGCCCGAAAGUGAUUUUCUGAUUUCGGCCGAAGCCAAAAAUAGGCAGAAAGUUUAAAAUGAAUUUCGGCCGAAACCGAAAAAAGGCCAAAAGUUAAAAAUGAAUUUCGACCGAAACCGUAAAUGAAAUAUUUAGUUAUUUUGAAAUUCGUUCCCGUAUACAUUCUGCAUACAUCAAAAAUGAUGUGGGGAAAGUAUAAAUAUUUACAUUCUUUUUAUAAAAAAUUAGAUAAUCGUGAAUAUUAAUAAAUAAACAUCUAAUAUAGGGGUCUCAAACUCUAUAUUUCUAUAUAUUUUUGUAUGCAACAGUGAGUAGGUAGAUGGAAGUGAAUCCUUGUUCUUGAGAACCCUUAAUGAUUUAAUUGUUAUUUAUAAAGGUUGAGCAGAUUGUAACAGUAGUAAUCGCUUUUUUGUGGAUUACUUGAUGCGGCCCCCCUCUUAUUCAGACACUACCUCCUGCGCCCGCCCCCCCCCCCCUUUGAUGAUUUGAGUUUGAGACCCUUGAUCUAAUGAAUGCUUUGGAUUUUACCAUUUUAAUAUAAAAGUAAUUUAAAUUGCUUUACAAUUUUUAUUAAAUUAGUAUGGUAGGAGAAAAUUUGGCAAAAAUUGGGGGAGGGGGGGGAAUUAAUGCAAAAUAUUAUUCUUUUAAACCUGGUCUCUAAAAAUUGUGGUUCUAAAAGAUCGCUUAAUUUGUUUUUAAAGAUCAUUUAGUUGGUUUUUAUUGAUCGUUUAGUUUGUUCUUAAAGAUCGUUUAGUUUGUUCUUAAAGAUCGUUUAGAUUGUUCUAAAAUAUCGCUUAGUUUAAUCUUAAAUAUCGCUUAAUUUAUUCUUAAAGAUCGCUUAGUUUGUUGUUAUAGAUCGUUUAGUUUGUUCUUAAAGAUCGCUUAGUUUGUUGUUAAAGAUCGUUUAGUUUGUUGUUAAAGAUCGUUUAGUUUGUUCUUAAAGAUCGUUUAGUUUGUUGUUAAAGCUCGUUUAGUUUGUUCUUAAAGAUCGCUUAGUUUGUUCUUAAAAGUUUGCUUAGUUUAUUUUUAAAGAUCGUCCAGUUUUUGUUAAUGAUCGCUUUAUUUGUUCUUAAAGAUCGCUUAUUUUUUGUUAAAGAUCGCUUAGUUUGCUGUUAAAGAUCGCUUAGUUUUUUCAUAAAGAUCGCUUAGUUUUUUCAUAAAGAUCGCUUAGUUUGUUCUUAAAGAUAAUUGAUUUUGUUCCUUAAGAUCGAUAAGUUAUUCUUAAAGAUCUUUUAGUUUGUUCCUAAAGAAAAUUUAGUUUUCUGUUAAAGAUCACUUAGUUUAUUCUUAUAAAUCAUUGAGUUUACUAUUAAACAUUUGUUUUGUCCUUAAAGAUCAUUUAGUUCGGUCUUAAAAAUCGUUUAGUUUGUUCUUUAAGAUCAUUUAGUUUGUUAUUAAAGAUCACUUAGAUUGUUCUUAAAGAUCACUUAGUUUGUUUUAAAGAUCGUUUAGUUUGUUCUUAAAUGCCGCUUAGUUUGUUCUUAAAUGCCGCUUAGUUUGUUCUUAAAUAUCGUUUAUUUCUAUCUCAAAAUCGCUUAAUUUGUUCUUAAAUGUCGCUUAGUUUGUUGUUAAAUAUCGCUUGUUAAAUGACCGAAAACCUGAGUAACUUUUGGCCAGAUGGCCGAAAGUCUAAGUUAAUUUUGGCAGAAACCGAAGAAAAACCGAAAGUAAACUUUUCUCUUUCGGCCGAAACCGAAAUUAAGCCGAAAGUUAACUUUUCAGUUUCAACCAAAACUUGACCGAAAGUGAUAAAAUGGCCACUUUCGGUGCCGAAACCGAAGCUCGGUCGGUCUCUAAUGACUAAGCCCCCUUAUUACAGUUAUAUGAGAAGUUGUUGGAUGUUAUGAAUUUCUCCUGGUUCUGCUUACACUAAGCUGAAUUCGUUACACAGCUGAGUCUCAGUGUACAUUUAAACAUAUCAGUGGUGGACAUUUAAUUUGCCAAAUCUAGGUAAAAGAAGUUAAAAUUUGAAGAUAAAGUAAAAAUAAACUUUUCCACCAGCAUAUCGCAGAUCCAUAAUGAAAGUGCAAUAACUUUAAAUACAUAUAUAUUUGUUUAAUUUUAAUGAUCAAAUCUAACAGCUGGUUAGCUGAGUUGUGCUGAUAAUGAGCAACUAUAGGAGCUGGUUUCCUAUAGUUUGGUCAUUGUGCUGAUUAUGGCUGUUUCAUAGCAAGAAUCCCCAUACUGGACUUAUUUUUCUUUUCCAUUUUUUUCUUAACUAGUACCUGUAACGAAAAGUAUUUAAACAUGUUCUUCAUUUAAAAAUUAGGCAAACGGGGGGGGGGGGAGAAUAUUUUAAAAGAAGUUUUUAAAGGAAAAUGUAUAUAAUUUUAUAAUAUAAUAUUUUUUUUUUGCCACUCAUUUUGUCUUUAUUUCUAGAUUCUCUCAGAAUUCAUUGUACACAAUCUGUCAUGGUGUGAGGCAACCAUUUACACAUUACUCAACAUGGUGUAUGUGCCAGGAAAACUCUGUCAAGCCAUUUCUUCUGUCCAAAUCUCAAGGUAAUUAAUGGACUUAAAUUGUAUCUUGUUGCAUCUAAAUUUUUAUCUGUCUUUUACAAGAUAAAAAAAGUACCAUGAUCUUGAUUGUAUGUGUCAUAUCUCCAGACUCCAGCAGUUGUUUGAACCAGAGACCAGCAGCCCAUACUCAGAAGUCCAUAUGACACAGUUGUGGGCUUACAAAACCAUAGAGGUGAAACGAAAGUCCUCAUUGUGUUUUUUGUCUGUGAAUAAGGAAAGGAGGGGGGGAGGGGGGGCAGUUAAUUAAUUAAAUUUAAAAUGAAGAGUGGAGUUUAUAAGGAAAUAAGUGAAACAAAUUAUGGGAAAACCUGAAGAAAAAAAAUGCAACAAAACAACAAACGUGUUGGCAAGAAGCCUUCAUCAGGAAAAAAACAACUGUAAAACUUGUUUCACUUAUUUCCCAUACUUGGUUUCAGUUCUGUCCUCCUGUGAAAAAGUAUGCAAAAUAAAUGUAACAUCCAAAUUGUAUUGGAUUGAAGUAUUAACUUGAGUCUUUGUCUCUGACCGCAUGGAGAGUUGAGAGUUACUGGUAAUGUAGUGUUUUUAUUGUGUCACCAGAGUUUAGUCCAAUCAGAGUUUCUUGUAAAGCAGCUUAAUGUCAUGAUGUCUGCCACUUUGAUGGAGCUGGUCUCACAGAUGAAAGUGAUCCAAGAAAAUGUGAUGUGUGAGUUUAUGGAUUUGAUCAAUUCUAUUGAAAUUUAAUCUGCUAAUAGUUGAUGGUUCACACAUAUUUCUGUCAUAGAAAUUAUGAUCCAGGGGGAAAAAAAUUGUUUAAUUAAUUUGAAACAACAGCUGCUCUCCAAGUUAAUAUGGUCAUGCUCAUGACUUAAAUGUCUCCACUUAAAUGUGGUCAUACUCAUGAUGAAAAUGUCUCCACUUAAAUGUGGUCAUACUCAUGACUAAGAUUAUAGUAUUUAGUUUUAGCUUUUGGCAGCUAAUCCAAAUUAACUAAUUUCUAUUUCAUCAAUGUAAAUUUUUUUACUUUAAAUGCUAAAAAUUAAGAUUGUGAGCUGAUUAGGGAAAUUUUGAUAGGUAAAGUCCCAUAAAAUACCAUUGCCUGUAGCUUAGAGGAUAUCAUAACAAAACUAGCAUUGAGAAAUUAUUUAUUUUGAAUAAGUUGAAUGGGGUACUACUUCUAGCUAUUCGACAAUACAUUUUUUAAUAAUUUUUAAAAAUAUUGAACAAUCCAUCUAUCCAUCUAGAUGUACUUUUAUUUUUAUCCUACUCUGGCAAACUGUCAUAUAUAUAUCAAAAAACUCUUAUCCUUAGAAUUUAUAUCAUAUAAUACAGAAUAAUUGGUGAUGAUUUUUUUUUUUUUUUUUUAUUCAUCUGUUUGUUUCUAGAUUAAUUUUAAAAACCUCCAUUUGCCAACAGCCCAGCCUAUUUUUAACAUGACCUGUGACGGCAAAGUGAUGUCAGCAAUUCUUGGGAUUCAUCUGAUCAGCCAACUGUAUAAGAGUUGUAGGAUUCAUUCCAGCCCAAUCAGCUCUGAUGGAGAAACUUUGCAGGAACUUGUUAUAAAACUUCAGCAGGUAAUUAGAACUACUUUCAACUAAACAGACAAAAUGAACAGAAGUAGAAGUAUUUAGGUUUGGCCCUGUAUCUCCUAGCUCCUCUUAUUCAUUUGGUUAGAAUGUGUGUGCUUUUAUUUAGAUUUUCAAUAUCAAAUAAAAUUAUUAUUGUUGCAAAGUCUACAUAUUUUCUCCUUUGUACUUGAAGGUUUAGUCCAACAACAUUUCAGUUUAAGGAGAUAUCCAAGUAUAUUUUUGUUUCCUUGUUAAUCCUUUAAUUGCAGAGUCCUUCCCUUCAUCCAUUCCUGCGCAGAAACCAGUUUGAUUGCGCUCAAGUCAGACCAUCUAUCUUAGAUCAAUUUCAACAUUUUUAGGUGAAUGAGAAGCUUAUUUAAAAGCUUUUGACCUCCAUAAGUUUCAGUCAUUAAAUGAAAAUAUUCCAAAGCUGC